AUGAAGUCCUGGACCAUCGUUCUCGUCGCCACUGGCCUGGCGUCAGCCCUCAGCAUCCCCCGCCCCAUCGACGCCCGCGCCGACUUUUCCAUCGCCAUCCAGCAGGCUGGUGCCGCGCAGCCCGCCGCCGGUAAGGCCAUCGCGCCUGCUGCCGGCCAGGCCGGCGAGGAGGCGGCAGUCGGCGAGGGCGAGGGCGAGGCCCCCGCCGUCGACGAAGGCCAGGACGAGGCGGCCGCUGAGGAGGGCGCCGAGGCGCCGCCUGCCGAGUCGUCUUCGCCCGUCGAAGAGGCUGCUCCCGAGGUGACGGCGCCGCCCGCCGAGGGCGAGGCACCUGCCGAGGGCGACGCUGCCGCGUCCGAGAGCCUGGCCGAGUCCACCACCACCACCGAGGAGGCUGCCCAGGAGACGGCACCGCCGGGUGAAGGCCAGGAUGAACAGAACAACGACGACGACAACAACAACAACGACAACAACGACGAGAACAACAAUGAUGGAGAGAACGGCCAGGGAGGUCGCGGCGGUAAGAACAACGACGACGACAACAACAACAACAACAACGACAUCAUCGACGAGAUUCUCGGCGGCGGCGGGCAGGGACGUGGCGACAGGAAGGGCCAGCAGGCGGCGCUCACGCAGGCCAUUGUCCAGCUGACGCAGGCCAUGGGUCUCGGCGGCAUCCUCAACCUCAACGGCCUCGCCAACAUUGGCGUCGGCCAGGAGCUCCAGCUGCUGCUCCAGCUGCAGCAGAUUGCGCAGAUCCAGUCGGCGGGCUUCAUCACCCAGGUCGACAUUGUGGGACUUCUGCAGCAGAACCAGCUAUUUGGAGGCCGUGGAGGCAUUUUCAAGCGCCAGGAGGAGGUGCUCGUCAGCAAGGCGUAG